CCGCACCCCAGAGGGCUGGCUGGCUAAGUCCCUCCCGCUCCCGGCUCUCGCCUCACUAGGAGCGGCUCGCAGUGCAGCGGGGACGGGGCUUAGCUGCCUGCGCCCACGGAGCGCACGACACUGCCCGGAAGACACCGCCACCCUUGCCCCCUCAGCUGCCCCUCGGGAUCUCCAGCGGCCUCCGCGCGCGCACGAUGCCCUCGGCCACCAGCCACAGCGGAAGCGGCAGCAAGUCGUCCGGACCGCCACCGCCGUCGGGUUCCUCCGGGAGUGAGGCAGUGGGGGCCGGGGCUGCUGCGCCGGUUUCUCAGCACCCUGCAACCGGCACCGGCGCCGUCCAGACCGAGGCCAUGAAGCAAAUUCUCGGGGUGAUCGACAAGAAACUUCGGAACCUGGAGAAGAAAAAGGGUAAGCUCGAUGAUUACCAGGAACGAAUGAACAAAGGAGAAAGGCUUAAUCAAGAUCAGCUGGAUGCCGUAUCUAAGUACCAAGAAGUCACAAAUAACUUGGAGUUUGCAAAAGAAUUACAGAGGAGUUUCAUGGCAUUAAGUCAAGAUAUUCAGAAAACAAUAAAAAAGACAGCACGUCGGGAGCAGCUUAUGAGAGAAGAAGCUGAACAGAAACGUUUAAAAACUGUACUUGAGCUGCAGUAUGUUUUGGAUAAAUUGGGAGAUGAUGAAGUGCGAACUGACCUGAAACAAGGUUUGAAUGGAGUGGCAAUAUUAUCUGAAGAGGAAUUGUCAUUGUUGGAUGAAUUCUACAAGUUGGUAGACCCUGAACGGGACAUGAGCUUGAGGUUGAAUGAGCAGUAUGAACAUGCCUCUGUUCACCUAUGGGACUUGCUGGAAGGGAAAGAAAAAUCUGUAUGUGGAACAACCUAUAAAGCUCUAAAAGAAAUUGUUGAGCGUGUUUUUCAGUCAAACUACUUUGACAGCACACACAACCACCAGAAUGGGCUGUGUGAGGAAGAAGAGACAGCUUCAGCACCUACAGUUGAAGACCAGGUAGCUGAAGCUGAACCCGAGCCAGCAGAAGAAUACACUGAACAAAGUGAAGUUGAAUCAACAGAGUAUGUAAAUAGACAAUUUAUGGCAGAAACACAGUUCAACAGCGGUGAAAAGGAGCAAGUAGAUGAGUGGACAGUUGAAACAGUUGAGGUGGUAAAUUCACUGCAGCAGCAACCUCAGGCUGCAUCUCCCUCAGUACCAGAGCCCCACUCUUUGACUACAGUGGCUCAGGCAGAUCCCCUUGUGAGAAGACAGCGAGUGCAAGACCUUAUGGCACAAAUGCAGGGGCCCUAUAAUUUCAUACAGGAUUCGAUGCUGGAUUUUGAAAACCAGACACUUGAUCCUGCCAUUGUAUCUGCACAGCCUAUGAAUCCAACACAAAGCAUGGACAUGCCCCAGCUGGUUUGCCCUCCAGUUCAUUCUGAAUCUAGACUAGCUCAACCUAAUCAAGUUCCUGUACAACCAGAAGCUACACAGGUUCCUUUGGUUUCAUCCACAAGCGAGGGGUACACAGCAUCUCAACCCUUGUACCAGCCUUCUCAUGCUACAGAGCAACGACCACAAAAGGAACCAAUUGAUCAGAUUCAGGCAACAAUCUCUUUAAAUACAGACCAGACUACAGCAUCAUCAUCCCUUCCUGCUGCUUCUCAGCCUCAAGUGUUCCAGGCUGGGACAAGCAAACCUUUACACAGCAGUGGAAUUAAUGUAAAUGCAGCUCCAUUCCAAUCCAUGCAAACGGUGUUCAAUAUGAAUGCCCCAGUUCCUCCUGUUAAUGAACCAGAAACUUUAAAACAGCAAAAUCAGUACCAGGCCAGUUAUAACCAGAGCUUUUCCAGUCAGCCUCACCAAGUAGAACAAACAGAGCUUCAGCAAGAACAGCUUCAAACAGUGGUUGGCACUUACCAUGGUUCCCAGGACCAGCCCCAUCAAGUGACUGGUAACCACCAGCAGCCUCCUCAGCAGAAUACUGGAUUUCCACGUAGCAGUCAGCCCUAUUACAAUAGUCGUGGUGUGUCUCGUGGAGGCUCCCGUGGUGCUAGAGGCUUGAUGAAUGGAUAUCGGGGCCCUGCCAAUGGAUUCAGAGGAGGAUAUGAUGGUUACCGCCCUUCAUUCUCUAACACUCCAAACAGUGGUUAUACGCAGUCUCAGUUCAGCGCUGCCCGGGACUACUCCGGCUAUCAGCGGGAUGGAUAUCAGCAGAAUUUCAAGCGAGGCUCUGGGCAGAGUGGACCCCGGGGAGCCCCACGAGGUCGUGGAGGGCCCCCAAGACCCAACAGAGGGAUGCCGCAAAUGAACACUCAGCAAGUGAAUUAAUCUGAUACACAGGAUUAUGUUUUAUCGCCAAAAACACACUGGCCAGUGUACCAUAAUAUGUUACCAGAAGAGUUAUUAUCUAUUUGUUCUCCCUUUCAGGAAACUUAUUGUAAAGGGACUGUUUUCAUCCCAUAAAGACAGGACUACAACUGUCAGCUUUAUAUUACCUGGAUAUGGAAGGAAACUAUUUUUACUCUGCAUGUUCUGUCCUAAGCGUCAUCUUGAGCCUUGCACAUGAUACUCAGAUUCCUCACCCUUGCUUAGGAGUAAAACAUAAUAUACUUUACUGGGUAAUAAUAUCUCUAUAGUUAUUUGAGAUGGCUUGAAAAAAGCAAGAUUGACUUUUUCGACAUUGGAUAAAGUACACAGAUCAGCCCUAGAGUUACUCUGUGGUAAUUGACAAAACUAAAGUGUUUCCCUUGAAAGGAAGGUGGAAAGAGUGGAGUGUGGUUUGGCAGAACAACUGCAUUUCAUGGCUUUCCCAGUCAAAUUGGAGCACUGAAUGAUUAGAUUCAUACCAAAUUAUGCAUGGGUCCUUAAUCACACAUAUAAGGCUGGCUACCAGCUGUGAUACAGCACUAUCUGGCCAAACGACUGUGGUUAAAAACACAUUGCUUUUUUAACAACUGAUACUGUAUAAGACAAAGCCAAAAUGCAAAAUUAGGCUUUGAUUGGCACUUUUUAAAAAAUAUGCAACAAAUACGGGAUGUAAUCUGGAUGGUUGCUUCUGUACUUAAUGAAGUAUUUAGCUACCUUUUUUGAACACUUAACAGUUUCUUUGAGACAAUGACUUUUGUAAGGAUUGGCACUAUAUAUCAUUCCUUAUGACAUGUACAUUGUCACUAAUCCUUGGAUUUUGCUGUAUAGUCACCUAAAUUGGUACAGGUACUGAUGAAAAUUUCUAAUGGAUAAUCAUAACACUCUGGUCACAUGUUUUUCCUGCAAUUUGAAAGUUUUUAAAAGAAAAGAUAUCAAAUGUCUGCUGCUACCACCCUUUUAAAUUGCUAUCUUUUGAAAAGCACCAGUAUGUGUUAGAUUGAUUUCCCUGUUUUAGGGAAAUGACAGUCAGUAGUUUCAGUUCUGAUGGUAUAAGCAAAACAAAUAAAACAUGUUUAUAAAAGUUGUAUCUUGAAACACUGGUGUUCAACAGCUAGCAGCUUAUGUGAUUCACCCCAUGCAUUGUUAGUGUCACAAAUUUUAUGGUUAUCUCCAGCAGCUAUUUCUGUAGUGCUUGCACUUAUCUUUUGUCUAAUUUAACCCUAAUUGAAUUCUCCUCUUCUCAUGAAGGGUUUUAUAUUCAAAGUGGUGAUUCCUUCCCUUAGAUGCAUAGGGAGAGUCUCAAGUUUGAUGGAGAUGGACAGUUUAGUAGUGACUUAGCCUUAUGUACUAUGUUGGAAUUUGUGCUAGCAGUUUGAGCACCCGUUCUGUGUGCCUAUGAACUUAAUGCUGCUUGUUGUCCCAUUCCACUUUGACUUCAUGGAGAAUUAAUCUCAGUUAUUAAGCAGAGAGGCUACUAAGUUAAUAGUAUUUUCUGUGCAGAAAUCAAAUUUUAUUUUCAGCCUUUAGCUAAGGAGCUUUUUCAGUAGCUGCUCAGCUACUUCAAAACAAAACUAUUCUCAAACAUUCAUCAUUAAACAACUGGAGUUUUUGCUGGUUUUGUAACCUACUAAAAUGGAUAGCUGUUGAACAUUCCACAUUCAGAAAUUUUGUAGGGUAUUGGGGAAUGAGGGUUCUUCAAUGUUUAUUUUAAAAUAAAAUAAAAUAAGUUCUUGACUUUUCUCAUGUGUGGUUGUGGUACAUCAUAUUGGAAGGGUUAUCUGUUUACUUUUUGAAAAUGAGUUUUUUGUUAGCACCUCCCCUUGUGUGCUUUAAAUGACAUCUGCCUGGGAUGUACCACAACCAUAUGUUAGCUGUAUUUUAGGGGGAUGGAUAAAAUAUUCGUGGUUUACUGGGUAAUUAAUCCCUAGAUGACGUAUGCCUGCAGUCCUAUAUAAAACUAAAUUUGCUAUCUGUAUAGAAAUUAAUUUCAUGACAUUUAAAAUCAGAAUUGAAGUUAAUAAGUUCUUUAUGCAGCGAUCUCUAUGAAUCAGUUCAGAGAUGGGAUGGGGGAGAAAUGCCUUCUAGGUUUCAAACUUCUAUGCAUUAGUGAAGAUGUUGUGAAUGUGUAAAGGUGUUCAUAGUUUGAUUAUUUGAUGUAUGUUUUUAAGAGAAUCAUUUGUUCUUUUUGAAAUACUAUAAUUUUCUUUCUUUUUCUUUCUUUUUUUUGUGGCAUUCUACCAUCACAGUUUAAAUGUAAGCCUUUUAUGUCUCAAUUCAAACCAUAUUUUUUAAGUGAGUGCCUCGUUAUGGGGCCCAGAACUUUUUCAAAAAGUCCCAUGAAGAUCUGAAUUUUAGUACUAAGUAUUCUGUAUAGUAUAUGAAUGGUUGUCCUAGCUGCAGAAGGCCUUUUGUUUGGUCAAAUACAUAUGUUAGCAGAGUUGCAAUGAAAUCAUUGUCACACACGACACCUACAGCCUCUUGGUGUAGCAAGACCACAUAUAUAAUGCUUUUGUACAUGCACAAUAUCAAUCAUCAUGGAUAAUGAAACUUUUUUAAAGCUUUAGUAAAGGUAGAAUGUCAUUGAUUACCUUGGCUAGGGCAGUUUUAUUUCCAGAUCUAGCUUUUCUAAAGAAUAUGGAAGAAUUUUCCAGUCAUUGUAUCUUGAUAUUAAAACAAAUAUCCUGUAAAUGUUUUUAAUCAGUUAGCUUCUACAGUUGUUUUGCCUCCUUAUGUGAGGAUAUUUCAAAAAGUUCAUGGAAAAAUAGAAUUAAAAGAUAGCGUGAAUCUUUCCAUGAACUUUUUGAAGUACCUUUGUACAUGUACCCUGUCCUGUGGGAGACUUCCACUUAAAGGAGACAUGAGAAUGUGUGCUUAAUGUCAGAAGGCUCAUUAACUGAGGUGUUCACUUGACAACCAGUUCAUAAAAUGUAGGUUUUAAAGAAUCAGUAUUGCCCUUGAACUUGUCCCUUUUAUGGAGCUAAUGAUGAGGAAAAACCUUAGAAUAAUGAAAGUAAAUUGAUAAGGUUCAUCUCUGUACCUUUUCUCAUUUCGAAUACCACAAAAAUACUGGAAAAGACUAGUGAAUGUUUUAAAUUACAUUAGAUUAAGUUAUAUGAAAACCUGAUUCCUCAUUGUCCUUGAGCGAAGUCUGCUUCAGUUGUAUAUGCCAGCCAGCAAAGCUGUAAGUGAAGAAGUGCUACUUGUGAUAGGCGAGGAAAGGGCUUAACAAAAUUCAGUAGUCUGAUCUUCUGAGAAUGCUAGACUGUUGGACUCUUUCAAUCUCUGCUACUCCCUAAUAUCUUACCUUAACAAGCUGUUCUGAAGCCUAAUCUACUUCCAUGCAGCAGCCUGGCUCUGAGCAUAGGCAGUGGAAGAUCAGCAGUUUGUCCCUGAUGUAGGAAAGGCAAAUGUAUUAAUGUAUUUAUUUUUCCUUAUUUGUAAGUAUUAGUUUAAGUACUGUGUUUAUAUUAGGGAGACAGUGUAUUAAGCCACUGACUGACCUGAGGAUUCAUUCAGCAAAUUUGGGUAUGCUUUGCCAGGCAUCAUGCCAAGCACUAGGUGUUCAUAAAAGUGUAGCAAAUUCCACGAUGGAGCAACAUCAUUGAUAGAUAUUAGGGCCAUGACUGACAGAAUAUGACCUAGUCAAAAUAAUUAGGAAAGACUUGGCGGGGGCAGGGGGCUGGGCAGUACGAGGAUCCAAACCCUUGACCUUGGUGUUAAUCAGUGCCCCACUAACCAUGUGAGCUACUAACCGGCCAGCCCUUGUAAAGACUGUUGAAAGGAGUAAUCAAGCUAAGACUUGAAGGAUGAGGAGCAGUAAAGUAGACAAGGGGAGAGGAGCAUAUCCAAAGGUCCAAUCUCCAGUGACUGAGAAAGCUAUCUGGCUCAAGUGGAAAGAGUCAAGAUUACAGUACAGUUAGAGGCCAGAGAAACAGGUAAGGGGUACUAUAAACAGCUUUAUAGUUAAACUCCAUGUUAAGUUUUGUCUCUUAAUAGUUGGAAACUAUUGAAGGUUUUUAAAGCUGUGUGUGUGUUGUUGGGGGUGGGGAUUGUGGAUCACCUAAUAAAAUUGCCAAUUAAAGAACA